AUGGCUAUCGGGCGAUAUUGGAUCCUUUUCUCGGGUAUCGUCCUGAUGAUCCUUGGCAUCGUUGUCGUAGCCACAAGCUAUUCAGCUGCGGACUUUGUUCAGAACACGUUCAACACAGUUUGCAGCACAGUCACAGACAGCAACGCGUGCAUAUCCGCGCAAGCAACGGUAGACUGCACGGAGCAGUGCAAAACAGCUCCGGACCAGAAGGAGUGCAACGUGAAAUGUCAAGGUCAAGUCUCCUCGCAGGUCUACACGUCAGAGAUGUGCGAGGUUGACAUCAGAACAGAAGCCGGUUGCAAGUGCCCUGCCAGCAACGAUCCCUCUCAGUGUGACUGCUCGGGCGAGACCAUCGGAAUGCUGGAGGAAUACUGGAAGUUAGCAUGCAUGGCACUGGGUAUCCCGGCAGUCAUAUUGACCUUCAGACACUACAGAGUUUGCAAC